AUGAAUCUAAGCAAUGAGAAAAAUAAGGUUGAAAUCCUCAUUGAACAUUUUAAAAAGUCAGAAGAGGGUCUAAAUUUGUUGAAAUAUGUCGAGAAUUCAAAAUUACCGUAAGAACAAAAAGAGAAUCUUGUUUAAUUCCUUUGGUCCAAGAUUUUACGAGAACAAACUAUCUUAAAACCUUUAGGACAUGAGGAAGAUAUGCCUGAGCAUUUGACUUGUCCAAUUACAUUUGAAAGUUUUAGUGAUCCCGUUUUAACUGAUAGCGGAUAAACUUAUGAACGAUUAGCUAUUGAGAAUCAUACAAAAAAAAAUGGUUAUUUUGAUCCUUGCACUAGAAAGCCAUUGAAACAUCAGUAUAUAUCCAACUUGUAAAUACUAUGGGCCGUCCAAUUCCUAAAAAAGAAGAAAAAACUUCAUCUGUAAUUUAUAGAAGCCAUUUAAUUUGAAUGA